CAGUGCAGGACGGGACGGGGAUGCGACCGGGAGCAGCUUGCACAGCUGGGUUUCGGGCAGGGAAUCAAAUGCACCGGCCAUUCGCUUCAGUUUUCUCGACAGUUGACUUAAAGCGCGUUUCUAGAUGUUCCGUCCACUUUGGGGUAAUUUAUUUAAUGUCUGAUGACUGUUGUUGAUUUUAUUGUGCACUAAUGGCUUGUUAAGACAGCAGGGAUUCCUGUGGCUGGACCUGGACAGAAUUGUACCUACCCGUCAAUAUGUCCAGCUGGAGUGUGAUGGUCUUUAUGCACAGGGCUUAUGGAAUAUAGCCUGCUCUGUCACCAUCUCUACGCGGUCUCCGUCAGUCCUGUAAAGAAGAAACUCGGGCUCCUCUUCAUCAUGCUGCUCCUUUGGGUCUACAUGCUCUACUCCUGCGUGGGCUACUGUGCCACCAUGCCACCAAGUUUAGUCGUGGACAAUAGUAAUUACAAUGGAGACAUGGAUUUCCUCGGGAAAUACGCUGAGGCGGAAAGUGGCCGAGCGGACCUCGUGAUGUCCAAGCUGCUGUCCAGACCGCAGAGCUCUUGGACGGACUUGGAAUCAGAUUAUGAUAAACCUACUGUCAGGAGGGCUCCCCGAGGCUUCUCUAAAAAUGAAGUGGAUGUGGACAGAGCUGAGGACUGGGACGACGGGCGAGGAGGAGAGCAGAGAAUCUCUCCGCUGUCAAGUUUCUCCAACGGCUCGGGCAGUAAGAAGCUGCCUCAGGCGAUCAUCAUCGGCGUAAAGAAGGGCGGAACGCGCGCGCUGCUGGAGUUUCUGCGCGUGCAUCCCGAUAUUCGCGCGGUCGGAGCGGAGCCUCACUUCUUCGACCGUAACUAUGACAACGGACUGGACUGGUACAGAGACCUGAUGCCUAAGACCCUGGAGGGUCAGAUCACCAUGGAGAAAACACCAAGCUACUUUGUGACUCGUGAGGCUCCAGCUCGGAUCUAUGCCAUGUCCCGUGACACCAAGCUGAUCGUGGUGGUCCGGGACCCUGUCACCCGAGCCAUCUCUGAUUACACACAAACAUUGUCCAAGAAGCCUGACAUUCCCACUUUUGAGAGCCUGACAUUCAAAAACAGGACUACAGGGUUGAUAGACACCUCGUGGAGCGCCAUUCAGAUUGGCAUUUAUGCCAAGCACCUGGACAACUGGCUGCAGUUCUUCCCCAUGGGUCAGAUUCUAUUUGUGAGUGGAGAACGAUUGAUCAGCGACCCAGCCGGAGAGCUGGGCCGUGUACAGGACUUCCUAGGACUCAAGAGGAUCAUCACAGACAAACACUUCUACUUCAACCAGACCAAGGGCUUCCCUUGUCUCAAGAAGGCUGAGGGCAGCAGCAAGCCCCAUUGCCUGGGCAAAACCAAAGGGAGGACCCACCCAAACAUUAACCCUGAGGUAGUGCAGAGACUUAGAGACUUCUACAGACCGUUCAACAUGAAGUUCUACCAGAUGACUGGGCAUAAUUUUGGUUGGGAUUAACCGUGAAUGGAGGACACUUUUUUCUGUGUAUUUGCUAUGGCAAAAAUACAUUGAGAUUAUUGUUAUAUAUAUGUGAAAUGUACAGAAAUCUAUUUUAUAAUAAUUUAUUUUUAAUUUCUAAGCAAUUAAUUCACUAAGCUGCCUAACUAUAUUGUGCAUAGCAUCUGGCCCAAUUCUAGUCUCGCCACCAACAUUCCACAUUUUUGAUUUGCCGUGGUUAUUUCUAAACAUGUUGAAUUAUUGGUGCUUCCAAAUUCUUUCAAUUUACAAAUACUGAACUCGAAAAUGGUUUGAAAAACAAAAAAACGCAAACACUUUUACGGGUAUAGUGCAUUUACAAAUUAAUAGCGACAGACAUUUGCAAUUCAUUCAAUUCUGACUGUUUAGAGAAAUGUAUCUUUGUGACAGAGCAUAAUGGAUUAUAUUUCACUCUAAAGGUAUUCUCUUGACCACAUUUCAUGUUUCAUUACACUCCGUUCAACUGAUAAGCAAGAGAGCUGAUCCUGUGCCCCCUUUUACUCAGUAACAUGUGGAUCAAUAGCCCUAAUUGCUACUUAUAGUGUCACUCAUGUUUAGAGUCGACUGCUGGCCUUCACUUGCAGAUUCCUGUAAUGAAUGGGUAAUCCAUCGAUGCUUAAAUCAGAUCUUGGACAACAGGCAGCAUGUCGACAUUAUGCUAAUUGUAUAACUCAUCUGAACAAAUCGAUUAGGUUUCUCCAGCCUCAUUGCCCUUUUAGAGGAAGAUCUGGCCAACAAGCCCAGCUACUUCCCUGUCUAAAAGGUUCAAAGGUCAAGUCUCAAUAACUUUUCAAAGAAAGGAACUGUGUGGGCUAAAAGCGACAAUGUUUAGACUUAUUCACACUGCCCCAAAAAACACAGUUUUGGGGUUUUGUCGGGUCAUUCUGUUAACCCUGUUGUUUGUUGAGCCAGUAUGAAAAUUAUAAUUAUGUUUCCCAAUUUUCUAAAGGGUUGUUCACGCAAAACCAUUUUUUGUGUCCAUCUGCGCUUGUUUAAAACAGUUUUUCCAUGUUAACGUGCUAGAGAGACAUAUUUGAUCAGUUUUUUUUUUGUUUUUUUUUUUUCUCAGCGUCUUGUGCAGGAGCGUCAUUUUUUUAAGAUGCAGUAUCAAGUGCCACUUUGAAACUUUUAUACAACUUUUAAAACAACUUUUAAAAGCCUGUCUCGAGACACUUCCAUUCUGUUUGAUUUGAUGCACCACAUCUAGCUUUUUUAACACAAGUAUGCAUUUUGUGUGAACGGCCCUUAAAUCCUCUGAAUCCAAAAGCCAACUUUAGAAUACAGUAUUUGAAAUGUUGGCGUUUGUUGGGCCUUUAUGAAAGUGAUCAUUAUGUUGCCCAACAUUCUAAGGGGCUGUUCACACAGAAUGUGUUGUGUCCAUCUGUGCUCUUUUUUAAUUGUUUUUCUGUGUAAACAUUAGCUAGAUGGACAUUGCAUUCUGUUCCAUUAGUUGCACCGUUGUUAAUCUAGCUUUUUUUUUUUUUUUAACACAAGGUAGUGUUCUGUGCUGAACAGCCCUUUAAUCCUUAAAAUACAACAGCCAGCUAUACGUUGUUUGAAAUGUUGUUUUUUGUUGGUGUUGGUUUUUGUUUUUUGGGACAGUGUGAAUUAGUCUUUUGUUGGAGCCAAAUGACAUGUGAAGCACACUAAAGAUAGCGGGUAGAUCUCACCCCUUCUGUAUCUCUAUGAAGAAGAGUAUCUAAAGCUUAACCCUGAGCUGGUGCCAUUACUGACACAUAUUAGAAAAUACACCCUGACGGUGCUUGUUUCCUUUCCAUCUCAUCAAAACACAUUUUUCAUCAAAUCUCAGUUCUCCUAUUCUUGCCAAAUUUGAACAAGCUUACGAACCUCCAUUAAGAUGCUCAAUGUUGUAUUUUUAUUUUUUUUCAUGUAGUCUCUGUGUGCUUUUGUUUGAUUUUCUACUUGAAUUUUUAUAAUGCAAGAAGGAGAAACAGUCAGCCGCUCUUUAUCUGUGAUAUUCAUCCCAUGACUGCUGAUAUGGUUGCUGUCUCAAAAGCAAGAUAAAUGACCGGGCUUAGUGUAGCUCUGAUUACUGUUCACUCAGAUCACCUGAUUCAGGAUCAGCUCUAAAUAGAUUAGUGUUGGGUUAAGGUGUGAGGCUUUAAAGGGAAAGUUAACCAAAAAAUAAAUAAAAUGAAAAUAAUUUAAUAAUUUAUGUUGUUCCAAAAUCAUAUGACUUUCUUCCAUUAAACACAAAUAGAGAUGUUAGGCAGAAUGUUAGGCUUGGUCACCAUUCACUAAGAAACAUUCUGCCUAGCAUCUCCUUUUGUGUUCCAUAGAGAGAAAGUCAUAUGGGUUUGGAAGCAAAAUGAUGGCAAGUAAAUUAUGACAUAAUUUAUCAUUUUGAUGUGAACUAUACCUUUAAGGGUGAAAGGAGCCACUAUUUACAGCUUAGCUUUAACAUUGGGCUGAGAGAAACUGAUCCUGGACCAGAGUUCAAAGGGGUAAUGUCACAGGGAGGUUUAGCAGGACCAUUACGAAAGUACUGAUGCUUCAAUUUCUCUCACCCCUAUUUAAUAUACUGAAAAUGAAAUACAGAGGGGGGAUGGGUGGGAUUGAUUGUCUGUUUGUAUGGCUUUGGAUGGAUGCAAACAAAGAAAAAAAAAAAAACUAAAACAGAAUAGCGGUCUGAAUCAGCUCAUUAUUAUUAUUUUUUUUUAGAACAUGCUGUGCCUCAAACCAGUCCUGUGCUAUGCUAAGCCAACUUCCUUUCAUUUGGAGAGGAGAUUAUAAUAUUUAUCAGCUGUGAGGACAGCCAUACUAAUCUUGCUGGCCUUCAAGUCUGAACUAAGUGGGGGGAAAUUUCCCAGAGCAUUUUUCCUACUUUAUUCAAUUCAUCAAAUGGUCAGAUGUUACAGGGAGGCCAAAAAAAAACAAACAAAAACAAUGUGAACUUUCUCCUCCAACUGUAAUCAAAUCAUCAAAGUUUUUUCUUGCGUUCACAUUGCAUUUAAGCAAGCAAAUCAGUUGGAUCAUGGCAGUGAAACAGGGUCUAGCAAAUUUUCAACAAAUGCUAGCCCAUAGGGCCUCCUUCAAUUUUACGAGUACAAUUUAACAGAAACAUCUAUUCCAUGAUAACUCAAAGUAGAGCGUUAUUGCUCAGGUAUUUUUUGGGGUAAAAUGCGUAACCUUCAACCCUCUCUGAUUAUAUGUGAACUGCAAAUAGGUUCUAAUCCGUCAAACUUUGGUCUGUGCAAAGUUUCCAAUCUUUGCUCACGGUAAGGCAGUGUGUGCUGAUGCAUCUGUUUAAUGGUUGAGUUUUAUUCAACCUCAGAGAGAUAUUCAGAUGUUAUAAAUGUUUGUCUUACUCCAAGUAUAACACAAUAAAUAGACUAGAAAUGAUCUUUAUGUACAAAUGAUGAGGAAUACAUGUAAACCAAGUAUUCUGUGGUUUCAAAAAUAAUUAAUUUUACACCCUGAAUGAGCAAAAUGGAACAGAUGUUUCUAGAUAAUUAAAUAUAUAACAUUCAUACUUUUGCUUUGUAUGAUGAAUAAAAUAAAAUAUAUAUUUUACGAAA